AGCCGGCUCGGCUGCAGAUCUCAGGAGCAUGGUUCACGAUCUAACUUUACCACUGUUCUCAUUCGGCAUGGCGUGGAAGGCGUCAUCAUUGCUCUUCAUGUCCUGUGGGCUUGCACCACGCUGUAAUGCAGACGGCGUCAUCGUACCCGGGGAAGACCUCAUUGUUGUCACACCAGAGGUUUUGCGUUUCAGAAAUUUUUUUCGAUGAAUGUGCUCGGCGUCGAGAUCCACUUUGAGUUCAAUACUCCUACCCAUCCCGAUGUGGAUUACCGUCUGUCCAUGGCACGUAAGAGCUUCUUUGGCAUGUCUAACUAUUUUCGAUGUUCGGCGGUGAGUAUUCGUGAUAAAUUCUGGAGGUAUCAGGAGAAGGUCCAGGGGAUAGCCAUGUACGGUAUUGAGGGUAUGACGCUCGACAACCAUUCUUUCCAGCGUAUGCACUCCGUCGAGGGUUUCUGCCUGUGUAAAAUGUUCACUUGUCCCAGGGGACCUGAGGAGAAUGUUUCCACGUGGAGUCGGAGGAGGUAUGCGGAGGCUAGGAGGAAAUUUCAGGAGAUGGUGGAAGAGUGCAGAUCGAACAUGGCGUUAUGUACGUGCGUGCUUGUGUGCAUAUGGUGUGAUGUGGGAUCGUAUUCGUACGGGCGCUUCGGAGUUCCUGCGCAUGAAUUUCUGCUUUCGGGAAUCCAGUCAGAUGAAACGCCAACGAGGAGGGGGCUUGGCAAUCGGGCAACGACAUUGGACCCACACGUUUUCGGAGUUCUUCGGCCCCAAUUGGUGGGAGGGGUUCCGUGCUACGCCUGGGACCUUUGAGCAGUUCGCCGCACACGUAUGUUCACGGGAUAUGCUUGAUUGUUUCCAGAUUCGUGCUAACGCCCUUAGUCAUCUUCGGGUCGCUGGUGAGGUCCAUAUCCAAACACAACAGGAACUUCGGGAGUAUGGAGUUGAGGAGGGAUCACAACUUGCCAACGAUCGUCUUGCUAAACGACUUGCUGUACACGCAUCCAAAUGGGAAAAUGCCGUUUGAGAUCUCGAAGCCUUUGGAGUCCCCGUAAGUAUUCAUGGAGAUAGUCUCUUGAUUGUAUCAUGGUGUCAUGGGUACUGGCAAGUGUUUGCCAAUAAUUUCCAGAGAAGAGUUGACAUGAUGAUGAACCGUCUGGAUGGUAUGUCUUUUAUGUUUUGUAUACGCCCACUUGCUCCUGGACGAGAUCUGAUCGAACACUGCUUCAAGGAAUGUAAUACAAGGGCGGACGUGCUCACUCAUACUGCCCGUGAGGGCAACGACAUAUUUCAGGAUCGUAUAGGGCAGGAGCCCAAUGAGAUUUCGAGUCUGUACAGGUAUUGUGCCAUCGACUGUGGCUUCGAUGGCGGUGUGUCGACGGCUGGUGUCGGAGUCGGUUGCUGGAUUGAUGUCGGUCCUGUCUCGCGGACUUGUCGUAAGCCGAGCUCCAGAGAUAUUGUGUGGACGGAGGUGUGCAGUGCUGCUUUCUCUAUCGACAACAAUGCUUCAGUUACCGAUGCCGAGAUGUCGGCGAUUGAACAUGCCAUUGAUGUUCUUCCACGGGUUGUACACACAUACGUUGAGUUUGAACUAUUGUGACUUGUGAUUUCGUGUUUUUUUCUUCAUACUUGUACGUUCUCAUGCAUGCACGUGUGUCGAAUAAGAGCUUCGCUUGACAGUCACUUGUUCUGUAUCAGAGCUUCGCUCCCUGACUGCGGCACUCGCUGUGGUGGGCGGCUUGGCUCACCUGUAUGUUGCCCGUUUCUUGCUUGCGACUGGGCCAGACGGCCCGCGCAGUCGACCGCAAAGACCGCAAAGAACCAGGUCGACGGUUUACCGCCGUCGCCAGCUUGAGCAGAGUUUAUCAGACCAUGAGGCCACGCCAUCGAAACCAACGGGGGCUCACAAGACCAAUGUGUCUUGUUCCAAAGACCUUUUGGGCUCCUGGAUGUGAGUUGCUGCCUCGUCUUCCUCCUCACCUUCCUCCUCCCCCCGUGCCCUGAGCAGCCGGCACAGAGUUUCUCCCAGCUCUGCUUGCGAGUGCUUGAGCUUGAUCUCUUGCCCACGCGCCGGACGGCGCAUGGCGUGUGAGUGAACGACACGAACGCCUGUCGGCUUGCACCCGCCUGUGCCCUGGGCGCCGCCCCGUGGCGGGCGCAGGCUUGACCUCGUCCUUGACCUUCUUG